GCGAUCACUCAUGGCUGUGAUAUCCAUGCUCCGUAGUCAGUGGCAAGGUUGAAUACGCAAAAUUGUACGGAAUGAUAACUUUUUUUCCCCCAAAUCAUCAGAAGAGGCGCACAAGAGGGAGCUUGAUUUGAUAAAAUGAAAUGACUGCUUAACUUUUGAGAAGAAAAAAAAAAAGAAAAAAACUCCGGUCUGCAUCUCCUUCCUCCUCCUCCUCAGUCCUCCCGCAUUCUCCUCCUCUUAAAACCCUAACAACAAAAGCAGCGGUCUUGUAGUUGUAGUUGUAUCCAUAGUCGUCGCCGCCUCUUCCGACAACCUCCCCUCCUCUGGUGCUGCUAUUCUCGGGAGGACGCCCCUCCUGCCCUGCCCUGCCUCGCCUCAGGGACGGACCUGGGGGGAAGCAUGAGCAAUUCCUUGAGCAUAGAACCGUUUAACAGAUUGGUGAAGCUAACAGCUCGAGCAUUCUACGAUGACAUCUCAACUAAGGGCGAUAAUCAACCCAAGACCAGCCGCAGUGAUAACCGUGGGACGGCUGUGGUUAUUCUUGAUGCGCUCACUAGACGUCAAUGGGUGAGAGAAGAAGAUCUGGCAAAAGAUUUAAAGCUUCACUUGAAGCAACUUCGUCGGACAUUGCGGUUCUUUGAGGAAGAGAAGUUGGUCAUGCGCGAUCAUAGAAAAGAGACAGCAAAAGGAGUAAGAAUGCAUAAUGCAGCAGUUUCAGCCACGGCUAAUCACCAUUAUGGAAGAGAGGGUGAUGACAAGAUUAAGCUGCACACUCACUCAUACUGUUGUUUAGAUUAUGCACAGAUUUACGAUGUUGUGAGGUACAGAAUGCAUCGCAUGAAGAAAAAAUUAAAAGACGAACUGGAUAGCAAGAACACAAUCCAGGAGUAUAUAUGCCCCAACUGUAACAAAAGAUAUACUGCUCUGGAUGCAGCAAGGCUUAUUUCCGAAGACGGUGAAAACUUUCUUUGUGAAAGUUGCCAAGGGGAACUUGUGGCAGAAAGUGACAAGUUAGCUGGUCAGGAUGUAGGAGAUGCUGAUGAGAAUGUGAGGAGGCGCCGACGUGAAAAGCUUAAAGAGAUGCUUCAGAAAAUGGAGGAGCAGCUCAAGCCUUUAGUUGAGCAGCUGAAUAGAGUUAAAGACCUAGCAGUUCCUGAUUUUGGAAGUCUGCAGGCCUGGGAAGUUAAGGCUAGUGCUGCUGCACGUGCAGCAGGUGGGGACAAUCCCGAUGAUCCCUCUAGGUCAUAUCAAGGUGGAACACCAAUGCCUUUUCUGGGUGACCCAAAGAUUCAUGUGGAUAUUAGUGGUGUGGAAGACAAGGAAGACUCUAAAUCUGGUACUGGAAGUGCACCCAUGAAAGUUCUGCCUCCUUGGAUGAUCAGACAAGGUAUGAAAUUAACAAAGGAGCAGCGUGGUGAAGGGGAAGAAGAAUCUAAGCCAGACGUCACUUCAGAACCGGCUGGUUUAUCAGACGACAAGAAGUCAACUGUUGUAAAGGAUGACAAAAGCAUUCAGGACGAGUAUUUCAAAGCUUAUUAUGCUGCUAUAUUGGAACGACAACGGGAAACAGAUGUCAAGGGGGAACCGGAUGUAUCUACUGAAGAAGUUACAGGUCAAAACACAUCUUUAGAUCGUCAAGUUGGCUUGAAAUCAAAACGCGAGGAACAGAGCGAGGAUGAGGAUGUAUGGGAAGAAGCUACACCUUCAGGGAACACUGGGGAAAGCUACAAGGUGGACUUGAACGUUCAAGCUGAACCUUUACCGGAGGAGGAGGAGGAUAACGAUGAAGAAGAUGUUGAGUGGGAAGAUGGUUAAUUCUUGAAUCCCCGGAAACCCAGUUUGAUACUGCAGUUUUGUUAGGCAUUAUUAUCGUAGUGUAACCUGACUGCAAACACUCCUUGGCAUUUUUAUCAAUCCCGAGCUCUAAAGUUCUAAUAAUAACAGUAGUUGUUCAACUUGUGUGUUAUGGUAAAAAAUAUUAGUGAAUACCAAUGUUUAUGGACCACGCCCCUUUGUGGCAUGGCGUAACAAAUACUCGUUCUUGAUCACAUCUACCUCCGAAGCCGAGCUGACAGGCUGCAAGACCAAAUGUUGUCAAAAUGUAGAACCUAACUUUGUAUUAAACACGAGCUCAUCUCUUUGUACAACUCCUAGAGCAUUUCUUAGGAUAACAAUUCAUUUAUCCAGUUUAAUUUGUGCUCUGUAUUUGUUAGAUUUUGAUUUGUGCUCUGUAUUUGUUAGAUUUGAUUUGUACAUGUUUUCCAAAAUUUAACAUUUUGACAUUGUAAUAUAAAUACUUGCAUUUGUAUUAUCAAUACUAAUUUGUCUCAUAAUGUUUCAUAAAAUUAUUUUCUUUAUCAAA